AUGCACGCUCAACAAUCCCCGGCGGAGCAAACCCAUCGGAGUUCGAGAAUAUUGGCCUCCGUUGCGGCGACGAUUAUUGCGUUGAGCUGCGGCACCAACUAUGGCUUCUCCGCCUGGGCCCCUCAGUUCGCCGACCGCCUCCAACUCUCCGCGACCGACAUCAAUCUGAUUGGCAAUGCCGGGAACAUAGGCAUGUACGCCAUGGGCAUACCCGGCGGGAUCCUGAUAGACUCAAGAGGACCGAGAUGGGGAGUUGUGAUGGGCUGCAUAUGUCUCGCUGCAGGAUACUUCCCUUUGAAGAGCGCGUACGAUAAUGGACCCGGCAGUAUGAGUGUGCCAUUGCUGUGUUUCUUUGGGCUCUUGACGGGCAUGGGAGGAUGCACUGCGUUCAGCGCGGCAAUCAAGGCGAGUGCAAGCAAUUGGCCGCAACAUCGAGGGACGGCGACGGCGUUUCCAUUGAGUGCGUUUGGAUUGAGCGCUUUCUUCUAUACGAGCCUUGCGGCAUUGCUGUUCAAUGGGGACACCAGUGGAAUGUUGGAACUGCUGGCUUUUGGAACGACUGCCAUGACGGCCUUUGGCAUGAUCUUCCUCACGAUUGUGCCUGCGGUACCAGGAGACGAGUCUGGAGCGUAUGGAGUUGUGCCAGAGGACGAACAAGCGAGUGCGAAGAGGAACGACUCUUUUGGUGAGAGCACGAGGAUGCAUAGAACGAAUUCUCGUCAGUCGCAUUCAAGAGGCGGGAGCAAGGGUAGCGUCCGUAACGAACCAGCUUCUGAAGUGUCCUCGUUGAUGGGCUCUGACGAAGAAGGUCCUGGAGACAUUGGCCCGGAAACGAAGAACCCCUUUCACGCCCACAACCGCCCUGAGAUCACCGGCUGGGCACUUCUACGAACACCGAAAUUCUGGCAGCUCUUCGUCAUGCUAUCCCUCCUCUGCGGCGUCGGCCUCAUGACCAUCAACAAUAUAGGAAACAACGCCAAAGCCCUGUGGCACCACUACGACGACUCCGCCAGCAAAGACUUCAUCCUCAAACGCCAACUCACCCACGUCAGCAUCCUCUCCUUCUGCUCAUUCCUCGGCCGCCUCGCCUCAGGAAUCGGCUCUGACUUCCUCAUCCACCGCCACGCCUCGCGUUUCUGGACACUCGUCGCCUCUGCCUCCAUCUUCGUCGGCGCCCAAGUCAUAGCCCUCACCCUCGAGAACCCCCACCACCUCUUCUGGCUCUCCGGACUCACAGGCCUCGCCUACGGCGUCCUUUUCGGAGUCUACCCAGCCCUCGUCGCCGAUGCCUUCGGCGCAGGCGGUCUCGGCAUCAACUGGGGCUGCAUGACCUGGGCGCCCGUCCUGUCAGGAAACGUCUACAACCUCGCAUACGGCAUCAUCCUCGAUCGCCACUCGGCCUUUAAGAGUGGACCUGGCGAUAACGGAGGCGAGAGGACGUGCGAUGAAGGAAGAAACUGUUACGCGAGCGCGUACUAUGUUACGCUCUGCUCGUCGGUGGUGGGCGUGCUUUGGAGUUUGUGGUGUAUCCGGCAGGAGAAGGUGGAUUUGAUGAAGGAGGCGAGGAGGGAUCGGAGGGGGAGGGAGGCUUGA